CGCCAUGUUGCGGCCGUUGCUGCCCGGCGCUGGGUGAGGCCUGUGCGGGCCCCGGAGGAGCUGCCUGCGCUGAUGGACCCCUUUUCAAAUACAAUGUUAAUCAUGGACCUCCAGCUGAGAAACUGCUUGGCAAUGCUUUCAUCAUGGGCGACAUGAAAACCCCGGACUUCGAUGACCUUUUGGCUGCUUUUGACAUCCCAGACCCAACUAGCCUUGAUGCCAAGGAGACCAUACAGUCAACUGCUGAAGAGAAUGAAAAUCACUUAAAGCCAUCAGGAAUUUGUAUAGAUGAAAAUGUGUCCUUGUCCCACUCAGUGCCGGCGCCUGAUACCCCUGUUGUGAGUGUUAUUGUGAAGAACACAAGUCGUCAGGAGUCCUUUGAAGCAGAGAAGGAGGGGAAUCACCUUGGAGCUGGCCUGUUACACAAUGGGUUCCGUGGGUCUGAUCUGCCAUCAGAGGCGCAUAACUUAGUGCACAGUUAUGGGAAAUUUGAUUCUGCUUUUAUUAAUGGUGAUAGUUCGAAAAACUAUUCUGAAAAACUGGACCAAUCAAAGUCAGAACCUUUACCCACAUUCAGUCAGUUCAGCCCUAUCUCCAGCCCUGAACCGGAGGAUGCUUUCAAAGAGAACAAUAUUGAUGAUAAACCAAAACAUGCCCAAACUUCAUAUUUCCCACCAACUCCAAUGUAUAUUCCAACUGCGGCUUCAGUUCUAGAUUCACUUAGGAAAUUACCAGAGCCAGAAUUGAGUAUGUUUGAUCAAUAUUGUAAAAAAGAACAAAAGAUGGAGAUUCAUAGCCUGCAAGAAAAUAGGCUGGAAUUGAGCAGAAAAGAACAAGACAGAGUAGCAGAGAAAUUUGUAGAAUCCAGCAAAGAUCUAGUGGAUACCAACAACUUCCUUGGAGAAGGCUUGGCAUUUGGAAGCUUCCACAACAAUAACUUGAAGGAAAGCCGAGGGUCUAUGCCCGAGGUGAACUUUUCUUCAUCAAUCCCACCUCGCCAACGUCUAAAGCCAGCUCACUCAAAAUUGUCAUCUUGUGUUGCUGCAUUAGUAGCUCUUCAGGCCAAAAAAGUUGCAUGUAUUCCAAAAGAAGAUCAAACAAGUCUUAUAAAAGAACCUUCUGGCCAUUUUAAAGAUGGAAUGAAAGGAAGCCCCAAAAUGCCUAAGUCACCAAAGAGCCCAAGGAGCCCCCUAGAGGUGGUAAAAAAGGCCAACAAGCAGCCUGAGAGUCCUCGGAGUGUGUGCAGUGAUAGUAGUGGAAAAGGCUCUCCCUCCAUGGCAGCUGGCUCUCCGCCAGCUAUUCCCAAAGUUAGAAUAAAAACUAUUAAGAUGUCUUCUGGUGAAAUUAAAAGAACUGUAACUAGAAUCUUGCCAGAAGCUGAAGAGUUGGGCAAAUCCCCUGAGGAGUCAUGUGCAGAAGGUUCGGCCACGGAAGAGAUUACUAAGUCCUUCCCUCCACCUGAUACUAAUGCAGUCACAGAAAAUGAGGCAAGCAAGGGUUCCACCAAAAAUGCAGCUGCCACAGGUGUUCAAGUGUCAAAUGUUGUGAGCCCCUGUAUAGAUGAUGUGAAAACAGAGACUACUGACAACGGCACACCCAAUGUGUCUUCGUCUCCCCUGCCAAACUGUGGCAGUGAUGCCAUAAAAAUAGAUAAUGUGAGGCAGCAGCAGGGUACUGUGACACAGCCAUCUAACCCCACCACUUCCAGCCUCCUUCCCAAAGCCGUACAUCUAGCAAAUCUCAAUUUAGUUCCACACAGUGUUGCUGCUUCUGUCACAGCAAAAUCCUCUGUGCAAAGGCGAAGUCAGCCUCAGCUAACUCAAAUGUCAGUGCCACUGGUGCAUCAAGUAAAGAAAGCUGCUCCUGUAAUUGUGGAGGAAUUUAAUAAAGUACUAAACAGUAACAAUCUUGUGCCAGUGUAUUCUCCAAACCUCAGCCCACCACCUGACAGCAAUAUUCAGUUGCCUGCAUCUGGGUAUUGUUGCCUGGAAUGUGGAGAUUCAUUUGCCUUAGAAAAAAGCCUAACUCAACACUAUAGUAGACGAAGUGUCCACAUUGAAGUCAUGUGUACUCAGUGUUCAACUCUGCUGCUGUUCUUUAACAAGUGUAGUUUGCUUAAACAUGCAAGAGAGCACAAGAGCAAAGGAUUGGUUAUGCAGUGUUCUCAGCUGUUGAUGAAACCAAUUUCCUUAGAUGAAAUGUUUUCACCACCUCCUACAAACUCGUCAGUGUCUUUGGCCCCUCAGACUUUGCAUUUCCCUUCUCCUUCAUGUAAACCCAGUGCUACGUCAGGGAGUGGGACAGGAACCUCUAUCAACACUCACCCAGCCAUGCCUCUGUAUGCAGACCCAUUGAGACUAAUCCGUCAUGGACUGAAGUGUCUUGAAUGUAACAAGCAGGCACAGGAUUACGUUGCUCUAGCAGCACACUUCCAGAGAACUUCAGAAGAUAAUGAAGGACUGACUUGUCAAGUGUGCCAGAUCAUGCUUCCUAACCAGUGCUGCUACUGUGCUCAUCAAAGAAUCCAUACUCACAAGUCCCCUUACUGCUGCCCAGAGUGCGGGAUACUGUGCCGAUCAGCCCAUUUCCAAACCCAUGUGAAGGAGAAUUGCCUGCAUUACUCUCGCAAAGUUGGAUACAGGUGUAUCCACUGUGGAGUUGUCUUUAUGUCGCUAGCAAUGCUGAAAGCGCACAUUCACGAGAAACACUGCGAAGUCUUCCACAAAUGUUCUUUUUGUCCAAUGGCCUUCAAAUCUGCAGACAGUACCACUGCCCAUAUUACUCGCCAGCACCCAGAAGAGCCUCACAAGACUACUCAGGUUAUCUACAAAUGUUCUUGUGAGACUGUCUUUAACAAGAAGAAGCUGCUCCAGGAGCACUUCCAACAGAAUGCCAACAAGCUGUUGGUGGGAGUAUUUAAGUGUCCGCAGUGUCAAUUAGUGUAUAUGCAGAAACAGCAAUUAAUGCAGCAUGUCAAGGCUGUUCAUGGGGUCCCCCCAUAUCCUGAGGAUGUCUCUAACCUUCGACCGAAGCCUCAGACAACAUCCAGCAGUCAAGUUCUUACACCACCAAAGGAGUUGUCAGUAGCCAAUGGUACUUCCCAUACCGCUUUGCCAAGGAAGGACACAAGAGUGGAACACAACUCAGAAUCAAAACCCAUCUUAAAAAGUGUUGGUUGGACUUGUAGGGAGUGUUCACAAUGGAACCCUGAUCGGGAAAACUAUGUGUCUCAUAUGAAGAAAAUCCAUGGAAAGUCUGUGAAGAGAUAUCCCUGUCGGCAGUGUGAGCAUUCGUUCAACGACUUCAGCAGUCUGGGCAGACACAUUCGCAAUAAUCAUGACACAGCAAAGAAAGUUUAUACAUGCUGGUUCUGCACAGACGAAAAUCAAACAUUUUCUCAGCCUUCCAUGCUGGAGAAUCACAUCAGCCUCAUGCAUGGAAUCAAAAACCCGGACCUGUCCGAGAUGUCCAAAGCAAAAGCUCCGGAGAGUGACUCAACAAAAGCAAAAUCUCCAAAAAGAGUGUCUGCAGAUGCUCCGGGACGGAUGGCAACCACUGAUGCUCCACCAGCCAAAAAACUGAAGACACAUUGGAAAUGUGCUAAAUGUGGAUUUGCAACAGAUAUCAGUACUGAAUUUCAGGAACACAUACCUCAGCACAAGGCAGACAACUCCACUUCUCAAUGCUUGCUCUGUGGCUUGUGUUAUACAUCUCACAUCUCUCUGAACAGACACCUCUUUAUUGUUCAUAAAGUAAAAGAUCCAGUAGAGGAAGAAGAGGAAGAGGAAAGGGAAAAGUUACAAACAGACACAAAUGAGAAUGGACAUGAAGAGUAUAACAGAGACACGAACACUACAGUGGAGGAAGAAAAUAGUUUGAAAUGCAAAAUGUGCAAGUGUGACUCAGUGCUUUGUGCACACAGUCAAAGAUGUGGCCUGGAGGAUUCCAGUAGCAGCUCUCAGAACAAUCAUUCAAAUGCUACUAAGAUUUAAGAAAAGAACAUUUUUUACUCAAAAUACUGGGUGGGAGUGGGGCAGAUCUUUGAAAUAUCCUGUUUAUUUCUUGAGCUGGACUGUGCUUUCCAUUAACUUUUAAUUUGUAAGGGAAAUAAAAACUGCUUCCACCUCCAUAGCACUGAAUCUCUGCCAGAUCAGAAGUGAAAAGAGAAAGCAAGACAAGAUACCCCACUGGAACUUGUCUAACUCCUAAGGAUGCAGGAGCACUUUCUGAAGCUGCAAUUUUCUUUCUGAAAAUGAGCUCUCUUCUUUUGAGUGUGUACUGCCUCUGCCUGGAGCCCCAACCUCACCUCCUUUCUUUUAGUUUUCUUCUGGUAUUUAUGGCUUAAAUUCAUCUUCUAACUUUCCACUUUAUUACUCAAAUCCAUAAGACUUUGGGUCAACCAGAUACACUUGUCAGGAGAGUACGAACCUAUGUUAAAUCCUUUUCCAUCAUGCAGCAGGUGCAAACGAUGGCUUUUGUGUAGGCUACACAGUGCUGUUUCAUUGCCCUAGAACAGGGGCGGGCAAACUUUUUGACCCGAGGGCCACAUCUGAGUAUAGAAAUUGUAUGAUGAGUCAUGAAUGCUCACAAAAUUGGGGUUGGGAUGCAGGAGGGCUCCAGCUGGGGUUGUGGGCUCUGGGGUGGGGCUUAGGGAUGAGGGGUUGGGGGUGCGUGAUGGUGCUCUGGGCUGGGACCAAGGGGUUUGGAGGGCGGGAGGGGGAUCAGGGCUGGGGCAGAGGUUUGGGGCAGGGGAGGGGGAUCUGGGGGCAGGCUCCAGGUGGCGCUUACCUCAAGUAGCUCCGAGAAGCAGUGGCAUGUCCCCCCUCUGGCUCCUAUGUGGAGGUGCAGCCAGGCAAUGCUGCAUGCUGCCCUGUCCACAGGCGUCGCCCCCGCAGCUCCUAUUGGCUGCGGUUCCUGGCCAGUGGGAGCUGCGGGGGACGGCACUUGAUGUGGGGGCAGCAUGCGGAGCCCCCGGCUGGCCCUAUGCAUAGGAGCCAAAGGCAGGAUGUGGCGCUGCUUCUGGGAGCCAUGCGGAGUGGAGCAAGACCCCAACCGUGCUCCCCAGCUGGAAUGCUGGAGUGGGGCAAGCCCCAGACCCCACUUCCCAGUGGGGGCUCAAGAGCUGGAUUAAAACGUCUGGAGGGCUGGAUGUCGCCCCCGGGCUGUAGUUUGCCCACCUUUGCCUUAGAAGUAUGCUAGAUUCAUCUCCUAGUUUUUCCAUGAAUGUUAUUGAAUCAAGUUGUGUUAUAAAUUUAAAUCACCAUAGAAGAGAUUUUUUGCAACCUCAGUCAUUUUUUAAAUUGUUUAUAUAAAUAUUGCUAAAUCAUUUAUAUUUUUAAGUGAUUUACAAAGCACAGGAUCUCACACAGCAGCAAAGGCCUCUACACUGGGGAGUUGCCACAGUUAAAGCUUUUGGUGGCCAGAUACUAAUGUAGCUGCACUGCUGCAAACCCUGCUGAAGACAGAGCCAAUAUAAGAUUCAAUUAGCAGCUGUGCAGUUUGUCCCAGUUUCAGACAAGAAUACUCUGCACCGGCGCAUAUUGCAGCACAUAAUAUCUUUGCUUGUCUGCACUAGGGAGGAUGCACCCGUACUCCAGGGACAGCUGAAAUCCCCAAGAUAGACAAAUAUAACCUGCCUGUGGCUAUAUCAGCUGGAGUGGUAUAGUCUAUGUACUUUCAAUCACAGAAAUGAAAAACUCUGCAAGAGAAAUGUACGUAAUCUGCUGUAGUUUGUUAGCUCGCUGUUUGGGAGAAAAAGAUACUGAAGCAGAUAACUGUGAUUACAGUAAGAAAAGUCGGUCUGUUAACACCAGUGUAUGUAUCCUGUGCAGAAUCACAAAAUCAGUCUGAGCACUACUAACAGCAGCUUGAGUAGCAUGGAAUGCUCCGUAAGAGUGAUCAGGCAAGGGAGAGAGUAGCAUCCAUAAAGGUGUUUGAACUGAGAGCGCACCAUACUGUAAUGCUUCCAAUACUCUAGCUCCUUUGAUAGCAGAUCUCCCAUCUUUACUCAAUUUUAUAAAUUACUUUGGAGACUUUUUAUUUCCAUAUAGUCAUAUUGACUCUUCACUGUCCAUGCUGUUUCUUCAUUUGUUCUCUUCACAUGCUUUGUGUAAUAUAAUUGCUUCAGUACAGUUUUUAUGUUGAGACAAAAUCCUGCUCUUUAUUGUUCACUAUGACGUUUAAAUAAUUUAAAAGCUAUUUAUCUUGUUGGAUUUGAAUUGCUUACUUUCUUGUCUUGAUGUGUUUUGAUACAAACAGUUUGGAACUCUUUGUAUUUUUUGAUACUGUGUACAUUAGCCUAGGGAAUGUUUUACAAGGUAGCCUAUGUAGAGUAACAAUAGCAGGGGUCACUCCCAAGCCAUCACAUAUCUAUUUAAUCUGCAGUGGCAUUUGUGCCUUGCUAUAAUGUUUACUUCAAACUAUUUCAAAUAAAAGCAUCCAACAAUG